AUGGUUGAUUUAGCCGGCAAGAUUUCAGUUACAUCUGAACAGGAACCCUUUAGUUGCCAUGUAUGCCGCUCUAUCGUCGACAGUUUUAAAGGACUCAAUGACGAUGAUCUUGAGCCAACCAUUGGAGAUAUCAAGUCUAUCCGUGCAGUACCUUGCCCGUACCAUGCAGGCUUGCUCAAGAAUGAGCUAUGGAGGCUUGGCCCAGUUGAAGAAUCUGACUCUGGAAUACUAGUCUUGAUGCGAGGACGUCGAUCAAAAACAAUAUUCUUAACCUUGCAUGGCGAAGAGACCCAGGAUAGCGAAGAUGAGUCUGGUGAAGACGAUGAAGACGGUGGUUCGGAUGCUGAAGAGUCAAGUGACGACGAUGGUGAUUCCGAUGCUUAUAAUUCUACAGAUCAACUUGCACUAGUGCAUCGACAGGACAUCCCGGAUCAUCAAGGCAAGGCAAGACUUCUUGACCCCGAAUGGUUAGAUGCCGAUACCGUCCGUGGCUGGAUUGAGACUUGUGAAAGAGAUCACCCGAACUGCAGAGAUUCAGAGCUUUGGCCUGGUGAGAACUCUAUACGACCUAAAUAUCUCAUUGAUGUUAUUGAUAGCCGGCUCGUUCUCGGAGAUCACGCAAUAGGUGACUACGUCGCGCUGAGCUACGUCUGGGGUCAGACGAAGACGCUCCGCACAAUGGCCAACACUCUCGGCCAACUCUCAGAGCCAGGGGCUUUCGGCGACGGGAGACUUAGAAAGCAGAUGCCAAAGACUGUGAAGGACGCAAUGGGUAUCGUGGGCUGUCUUGGAUUGAGAUAUCUCUGGGUUGAUGCCUUGUGCAUCGUUCAGGACGACAGCGAGCAGCUUCGUCUGGAACUUGGUCGGAUGCCAGGCAUUUAUGCGUCUGCGUCCUUCACUCUCGUCGCCGCCAAUGGCGCGGACGCCAGUCACGGCCUCCCGGGCUUUAAAGGCGUAUCUUCCCCACGCAGCCUCCACCAAAAGACUGUGAAGCUGGCCGGAUCGGAAACACUCGUCGUCACGCCACCAAUCCCUCGAUCGCGCGGAUCAGCGUCAUAUCGAAAAUUGCAGAUUCCCUACCACCAGCGAGCGUGGACAUUUCAAGAGUAUCAGUUUGCCUCUCGCAAACUCGUUUUCCAAGGGCACACUGCCUUUUGGCGAUGUUCUCAGGCCGAGUGGUGGGAAGAUCAUCACCAGGCGCCUGGGAUGGAUGCACCAGAAGUCCAGGAAUCAGAAGCCAUAUUGAAGAUCAUAGCUCCGAUGCUUUCCUUCCUCUCCAGUAUGAUCAUGGAGUUUAAUCAGAAGUCAUUGUCAUUUCCUGAAGAUGCCGCCUCUGCUUUUACGGGGCUGCAGAAUGUACUCCGGAAUCGCGUGUUCCCAGAUGGACUGUUAUACGGGCUUCCAAUCUUCUUUUUUGAGAUGGCUCUUCUUUGGCGUCCUAGGAGUGAUAUAUAUCGGCGUGUUCCUACAAAGAAACAAGAUUCAAAUGAAGCAAUCCCGAAGAGUCUCCCGUCGUGGUCUUGGCUCGGCUGGAGUGGCAAUGUUGCAUUUCCGGACGACUGCGAGUUUGCUGCAUACAACGGUGGCAGUACUGACGAGAGAGAGGGAUUCGUAUCUCCGGUUACAGAAUGGUACACAGUUCCAUCGCCAUCGUCUCGAUAUUCCGACAAGCAAGCACUUGUACCAGGAUGGUAUGCGUCGAAAAAGGAGGCGCAAACGGGGGAUGGCCUCGUGCCUGAAGGGUGGGAGCGACAGAACUUCGAUGAGGAUCAAUUGGAGCCAGGGGACAGAGAAGGCCUUCCUCGAUCUACUCCCCGGUUCUCGUUCGAAAUCGAAUCUCUUGCAGCGGCAUCGCGACAAAACAACCUUUUCCCUAGAUUGCUUCAUUGGUAUCCUGUCCCUGUCGCUAGCAGCAGGUCGGGCGAAGCCACCGUCCGCCAGUCAGCAUAUAUUUCGUGUCGUACUGAGCGAGCAUUCCUGUUUGGCGGUUCUACGAUAGAUGGUACGGACCCCCCUAGGUUGCAGUUACUAGAUGGGAAGGGAGUACUUGCCGGAUACCUGCAACUGCACAACGAGGGUGAGCUCGAGCAAUUCCAGGCCACAGAAACACCUGGAAAGCGUGUUGAGCUGGUAUCUGUAGCCAAAGGCUACACAGGGAGGCUGAGUGGUGAUCGCACGGUGCUAGAGAAAGAGGAGGAUAGAAGUUUAUGGUUUCGAGACUGCCUGUUCGUGCUUUGGGUCGAAUGGGAUAACGGCGUUGCGUUUCGAAGAGGAUCCGGUGUCGUCUUGCUUGAAGGUUGGAACGAGGCAUGUGGAAAGGAUUUCUGUGACUUAGUUCUUGGCUAA